GCAUUAAAAAAGGCUGUAUGUCAUGACAAAUGCUUUAUUAUCAAACAGGAUUUAUAACAGAAUCUACAUUACUUUAUUACUUUUUGCUUGUUUGUAUGAGGUUUCAUUCGCUGUAUUAAGACUAUUAUAUGAUGACUGAUCAGUUUCUCCAUCUCUACAAGUCAUGUUGUUUUUCCCUAACAUUAUUUUGUUAGAAAUAAUGUUAUAUUAUUUUGUCUGUCUAGAAACGGCGCCAAAGAGUACGUUUUUUUUCUAGCAAAGAUUCAGUUUUAACAAUUAUUUAAACAAAACUAUAACACAUUUUUUUAUUGUGUGACACAGAAUAUAGACAUACAUAACAUUUAAAUGGUCAAAAUCUGCAUCUGUGGCUGGUUAGUUCACUUAUUGAUGUUAUCAGAGAUGAGUCAUUCAUAAAAAUGAUGAUAAUAAGCUGUUAGUAAAGUUAACUUCAGAGUGUUAAAAGCUCUUUCUGAUAAAUUAAAUCAGUAAAGCUCAAAUAAUCUCCUCUGCUUCAGAAAUUGACUUCUCUGCUCAUCACAGGGUCACAGCACCACCCACAGGCUGAAAUACAUCAUUACACCUUGAGAAUAAUUAUAAAGCAACUGGUUAAUAAAUGUCAUUAAUUACAAUUCAAUUUUUAGAGACAUGAUACCCCUGAAUUUUCUGCACUAUGUACACAUAGGGAAUCAAAUUUUUAAAAAAUAUGUAACUUAUGAUACUAUUACAAUGUCCAUCACAAGUAAAUAGAGACGAUAGUAAAGUCUUAAUUAUACUCAGCAGUGUUUUCUUCAGUUUGUUGAGUCCGAGCUCUGACUCUCUCAACCAGUCUCUUAUCACAACAAGUAAACACAAUAAUCACAAAAGACUUCACUUUAAAUGUAGAACAGAAUUUAUUAAUCUCAACAAGAAUUAAUACAAUUAACAAAUGCUUCAGUCACCAAAUUACUGUACUAUGACUAACACUACCUAAGCAAAACCUGCAUAAAACAGCUGUACACUGUUAAACACACAUGCAGGUGAAUGUGUGUGUGUGAGAGAGAGAGAGAGAGAGACAAGAUGGUGGACGUCACGUGAGAGUGAAGAUGGCGGACAUGACUAAGGGAGGAAGUCACGUCACACAAGAAUCAAAAUGGCAGAUGUGACCGCAGUGUUUUGGUUAGAGACAACAGCUAAGAUGGCGGUGCCUACUCAGCACGGGUCUCUAGUCGCAAGAUGGCGCCAACUGGAGGUUGGAGACUCUGCAAUCACCCAUUUCAGGGUGUGUGCUAACAAAUACAUGUGUCUGGUGGUGAUAUGGCGAAGGGCAGAGCGUCCCACAUUAUCUGCCCACCAGAUGUGUGAAUGGGUGCGAGUGUUUAUGUGCGUGUGUGCGUGUAAGAGAAAAACGCCAGCUCACGGCUGAGUUCUGCAGCUGUGGGGAGAAAGCUGUAGUUGCUUUCUCACAUAGAAAAGAGAAUGUAUGGACAGUAGUCUAUAACGCACGUUGUCUCGACUGUUGACCAACAAACCAACCUGCUGUCUCGCUUGUGGUGCCACAAUACACAACAGUCCUGAGUGGGACAACACAAAUUAGCUUAGCGUGGUGAACACAACUAAACAAGCAGUGAGCAUCGAUGCUCCUCGGAGCUUAGCAGAGCAAAGGACUCAGAAGCAGAGCUUCCUGCGGCAACGCUAAAAUGGAAAGGCAAUGGGUGUAUCUGUGCAGCUGGCACUUAUAGCUGAGGUGAUGUCAUGGCUGCGUUUCCAGGACUGUGGUGUUUGAGCAUCUCUGCCAAUGAGAGAGUUUGGGCUAUCCCAGAUCUCGCACCAAGGUGCUAACUGCAGGGCAGGCUGGGAGUUGUAGUCUGUGUGAGCAGCCUUUUAUCACUCUUCCUUUGUCUCAGGGAUUAAAGGGAAAAGGCAGCCUUGUGGUCACGUUUACAAGUAGGCCUGCCUUUGUCUGACCACAUGGUUGAGGCCCAACAAUGGGAUAAACUACUUUGGUUGAUAUGUUUUUAUGCUAGUGCUAGUUUAUAUCUCCUAAUUGCAAGAUUUUUUUCUGACUUAUUACAGUGAACUUUAGUUUGACUGAAGCUCCUCAACAGAGCCACAGCAGGAUGUAUCAUCACAGAGCUCCAGCAGAGGGCAGUAUGCCUCUAUUUUCUUGUGUGAGUGCUCUGAUUAAUAGAUGUAUUCUUUGAUUUUGAAACCUUAGCCUUAUGUUUUUGUUAUUUAGCCUUUCUGAGGCUAUUACAGGUUAAAUAAAUUAUUUUUUUAUGAAAAAAUUGCACCCUCACAUUUUUUAACAGCCUCCUCAGUCACUUCAUCCUGGCACUGGGCCUGCAGCUAACAUCAUAUCAAACUAGCCAGCAUGGUGCUAUCACCACCAGCAUGCUACUCAUCCCACCAAUCAACAGUCACAUAACCACCCUCAGCUACCUCAUCUUAAACCGGGCUCAGACUGCAGAAGUUUUAAAAUCCUAACUGAUUUUGAAAGUGGAUUGCAUCAUGCAUUUAAGAAGACAAACUAACUAGGAGUCUAACAAUAUGUUAAGCUAGCAUGAAGUUUAGUGAUGAUAACAAUUAAAAUCAAUGUUGCUUCCUCUUUCAGUUUUACUGAAAAUGUGUCCCACUAUCUGUGAUGUUGUUUCGAUCUGCAACAGAUCAGUUCAGACACAAAGACAAAACAUCCUGAUGAAAAUGAAACUGAAUGUGCAGUUUGUGGUCUGAAGAGAACGAGGUGAACGUGUCUUCUGUCAUGUGAGUCUACAAAAUACAAGUACAAUAGGAGCGGGAGGAUAAUUUAAUAUGUUAAUUACUGUACUGACGUUACAGGAGACUAUAAAUUACCACACUUAGUCCAAGGCUCACAUUCAGUCUUUGACUUUGUUCCAGCAGGACAACAACAACAACACAGGUAGAAAGUUUCAAUCACAUUUAUCCUCAAAUGUGUGAUUAAAUUAUUGUUUCCUGUGAUUGUUAAACUGUUUUAUGUUUGUUUUAAAUAUCAAUAUUGUGCUUAUUGCUGAAUAGAAAAACUAAACAAAAUAUGAUCAUUGUAAGAACAACAGGACAAAAUUAAGUGUAUUUGAAAAAGCUUUAUAAUUUUGACAUUUUGGGUCUAUUUAGUGUAAUUUACUUUAGUUUGAUUCAUUUAAAGUCUGGUUUUUGGUCAUUUCUUGUCUUAGUUAAUCAUUUUUCUGAUAAUGAAUAAUUUAGAUGUGUUUUAUUCAGUGUCACUCAAUAUGACAGUUAAAAAACUGAUCACAUUUUGUACACUGAUUAAGUUUAUUCAUUUGCACCAUAAUUUUCGAUGGUUUGAAUCAACAUUAUGUUUUUUAAUAAUGUGACUUUUUAUAUUUGCACUUAAAAUGACACUGAAACAUUUUUUAUUUAGGUACAGACAGAUCUAAUUUGCUGUUGCAGGGUUUUAGUAAUAUUAUUACAAGUAAUUAUUAUUAACUAAUUUUUUCCAUCAAAGUGUAGCUUUACAGCUAAACCUAAAUAUUUUCUUCAAAGAUGAGUUUAAAACUUUUUGUGUGACUGUUUACUCUCCAGCUAUGGGAGGAGAAGGCUCUAAAUCACCUGAGCCGUCUCGAUUUCUCAACACACCAUGGAGAGAAAUAAACUGGAAUGACAAACAGAGCGCUCUGCAGUAUGUGAAGAACUACAAACCUCACAUUGAAGGUCGGCAGCUCAGGAUUCUUCUUCAUGGACCAGUUGGAGCUGGAAAGUCCAGCUUCAUCAACUCUGUUAAAAGUGUCUUUCGAGGCAAGAUGUGCACACUGGCCUUGGCGAAUAACAUGUCUUGUGACUGUUUCACCAAAACGUACACAACCUACAAGAUCGAAAAGGAAACCCCGAACACCUUUUACCCUUUUGUCUUCAAUGACAUCAUGGGCCUACACGAAGGCAAAGGUGUCCUUGUGGACGACAUUAAACUGGCUUUGAUGGGACAUGUGAAGGAGAAUUACAAGUUCAAUCCUGAAUCUAAAUUGUCAGAAGGCGACCAAUUCUACAACUCAACAGUAAAUCCCAAUGAUACAGUGGAUAUCCUGGUUUGUGUCAUUCCUGCUGACACAGCAUGUGUAAUGACAGACAAAACUGUGCAGAAGAUUCGGGAAAUCAGGACAGCAGCCAGUCAGCUAGAUAUUCCUCAAGUGGCCAUUCUCACCAAAAUUGAUAAGACCUGUCCUAAGAUCAAAGAAGAUUUAAAGAUAGUCUACAAGUCCGCCUAUGUGAAGGAGAAGAUGGAGCAGUUCAGUGUAGACGUGGGUAUCCCAAUGAACUGCAUCUUCCCUGUAAAAAACUACUCUGAAGAAAUCAACAUCAAUGACGACAUCGACUCACUGAUCCUGAGCGCGCUGAAACACAUCAUCGACUUUGGAGAAGACUUCAUGAACCACAAAAUGAAUCAGGCGGAAGGUUCACACGGAUAUGCUUGAAGACAACAUAAAAAAGGUUGUAUGUCAUGACAAAUGCGCUAUUAUCCAGCAGGAUUUAUAACAGAAACUACAUUAUUUUUAUUACUUUUUGCUUGUUUGUAUGCAUUAUCUAUAUGGUAUCAGAAAUUAGUUAAAAACUCUUCAUGGCAACUUCGGAUGAAUUCAAUCUAUAAAGCUCAAACACCCUCCUCUGCCUCAGAGUUACAAACUGGAAUACAUCAAUGAAUCAAUGAAUUACAAUUUAGGGAUGAUUUCCAUCCAAGAGCAAGCAGUGUUGAGGCAGUACUCGUCACACCAGAAAGUCAAAUCAAAUCUGCUGGAAGCUUUAGCAGGAGGCCACCACCGCUGGGUGGUGAGGACACUGGAAGUGUUGCUGGUUUUUCAGCAGCACUUCCAGUGUCCUGCUGUGCUUGUCAGCCUUCCAGAGGAUCAGAAUUUACAUCAGGAAUGGCUCAAAUUAAUUUUUGGAGACAAACUCUAAGCUAGUGACAGCUUUUGGAAAGCAAUAUUGCACUGACUUACUAAUUUAAAACUAGUGUUGGCUUCUGAGCUCAGCCCACCACAUCAACCUGCUGGAGCUCACAGCAGUUCAGAAGAUGUUUCUCCACUUUGCUCCAGAGCUGAAUGGAAAGCAUAUGAUGGUGAGGUCAGACAACAUCACAGUGGUGGCCUACCUGAACAGACAGGGGGGUGUCAGAUCCCCGGCCCUGUACAGGAUGGUGGAAUCCAUCCUGACCUGGGCAGACCACCACCUCUGUUCAUUGAAAGCCUGUCAUGUUCCAGGGUCCCUCAAAAUGGGGACAGACGGGAUGUCCAGACAGGUUCCACUCUAGGAGAAGUGGAGCAUCUCCCUGGCCAUAGCUGCACAGAUCUGACGAUGGUUUGGCCGACUUCUUCUUGAGCAAGGAGAACAGCCAGGGCCCCCUCUGGUUCUCCCAGAGGAAGGCCAAUGCCCCCAAUUGUUGUCCCCCUGGCCAGUAUCGGGUCUG